AUGGGGGGCCUGGUCAUCAAAAAGGCGUUUUUGUUGGCAAAGCAAGAUGCAACAGAUCGCUACCUGGUCAAAAGGAUUUGUGCCAUGUACUUCCUCGCGACACCUUACAGUGGCUCUGAUUCUGCCAAGCUUUUAAGCAAUAUUCUCAACAUCACCUACUCGUCGCGAGCCUACGUCUCAGACCUGAAGCGCGGGUCUGACGCUAUAAAAUCGAUUAAUUAUGAAUUCAGUAAACAUUCGAAAGAUAUAGAUCUGUGGUCAUUCUACGAAACCCAAAAGCUCAACAUAGGCGUCUUCCGUGUGCUGAUUGUUGAUCCCGACUCGGCUACACUUGGAUAUCGCAAAGAGAAAUGUAUACCGCUGAAUGCUGAUCAUCGUUCCAUAUGUAAGUUCGACGCGCCAAGCGAUCCAAAUUAUAUACUUAUCCGCAAUGCACUCGCGGUCACAAUCAACAGUGCCAAAUCGAAGGAGAGGCUACUUCGUAGCAACAUCAACGACCUGAGUGAAUACUUAGACGUGUCUGACAAAUUUGAGGACGACUUGAUACUUGUUCAAGAUGUUCGCUUGCCUGGGACUUGCGAAUGGAUAAAAUCAAAGGAAAGCUACCUACAGUGGCAAGACAACGACCCCGACGCCUCACGUGUGUUUUGGCUCUACGGAAAACCUGCAUCUGGCAAGUCCGUACUUUCAGAACACCUGGUUUCUCUGUUACGCACGAAGCAUGAUGCUUGUAGUUUCUUCUUUUUCAAACACGGGGACAGGUCCAAGUCACAGCUUAGUACUUGUCUUCGAUCUCUUGCUUUUCAAAUGGCUUGCGUAAACACAGACAUACGGCAACUACUGCUUGAAAUGCGCGAAAGAGAUGUAAAGCUCGACGGUGACGACGAUCGAAUUCUCUGGAGAAGAUUAUUCACGUCCGGGAUCUUCAAGACAGACUUUCAACAACACUAUUGGGUCAUUGAUGCUCUCGACGAGUGUGCAGACCUGGUAUCCUUCUUCGAAAUCGUGCUUACCAGGCUUGAUCGCUCGGUCCCGUUGAGAAUCCUUGUCACAAGUCGACAAACUUCGGAAAUCGAAAGGCGUAUUGCAUUGUUGGGAUAUGACCAAGUCCGAGUGGAGCAUAUUUCGAUGGCGGACACGAAAGAGGAUAUUGAAUCGUUUGUUCGAGCGAGAGCUAAUGCUCUCAUUGUUGAAUCCGAAGCCGAUCGUGCUGCUCUUGCGGAAAUGAUUUUAGGGAAGUCUGAAGGAUCUUGGCUUUGGACUGUCUUGGUUCUCAAUGAGUUAUCCGAUUCACACUCGGAAGAGGAGAUCCGCCAGGUCCUCGCGGAAGUGCCCAAGGGCAUGGAAGAUCUUUAUUUGAGAACACUGGACUUGAUGUCGCAAUCUCCACGUGGGAAGAGGCUGAUUAAAGCUAUACUCGUUUGGGUCACGAGUGCGAUGCGACCUCUAACUGUGAAAGAGCUUGAAGAAGCUUUGAAAUUAGAUGUUAACGAUAUAUUCCCCAGACUGCGGGAAAGUAUUAGUGCAUUGUGUGGGCAGCUGGUGGCUAUUGAUAAGUUCGACAGAGUCCAGAUGGUGCAUGAAACCGCUAGGGAGUUUCUGUUGAACAACAGCUUAAAUUCAGAGUUCGCGAUUGAUCAAACCGAUGCUCAUACGCGUAUCGCAAGAGCUUGUCUUGCAUACCUCGCAGGGGAGGAUAUGAGACCACCGAGGACCAAUAGGCGAUCUGUGUCAAGGUGUCUAGCAGAUAAACGAAGCGAGUUCUCAAGCUACGCUUCCUUACACUUCUUUUAUCACCUAAUGAAGGCCAAUCCACUAGCAGACGACCUUCUGAGUUUACUUGACAAGUUCCUGAAGACCAACAAACUUGAUCAUGGAGAGGCGGUAAUGUUCCUGCAGUUCGGAACCAAGGCAGACGUGCUCGCCUCGUGUGGGUUCAAGAAGGUUUUGGUAUGGGACAUCCAGAACGGUCAUAUUCUUUAUAAUUUCGAAGUGCCCGUUAGACCUAUAGGACUUGCAUUCGACGAAGAUUUCCUGAUUAUUCCAACGAACAAAAAUUACCUGACAUCCUGGGACCUGAACAACAAUGGCGCCAGACAACCAGACAGGCCGUGGAAUGACACAGGCGGCGACAAGUGCACACGGUCGUGGCGGGUUCCAAGUGUGAUCUCGAUCUCCUUCGGACAUAGAAUGCUCGCAGUGGCAUACAGUGGGCGGCCGAUUGCUCUCUGGGACCUAGAAGAGGACGUUUAUUAUGGUUCUUGCGGCAAAAAACUUUCUGAUGGUCGAACGAGCACGCAUCCGGUGACUGCCCUGGUAUUUAAUCCCAACCCAGCUAUUGACCUACUUGUUGUAUCGUACCUUGAUGGUGAGCUUGUGCUUCUCAAUCCAUUUGACGAUCAAACCUUGGAAAGUCGUCGCGCGAAUUGCCACACGCUCGCUUCCAGUGCAGACGGACGCCUGCUUGCAGGAAGUGCUGGAUUCGGAGCAAUUCACAUAUACGAAUUCGAUACUCUCAUGUUGCUUUACCAAGUCCAAUCCUCGAGUUCUUGUAUAAAACAACUGUCUUUCAGUAUCAACAGCCUGCACUGUGUCGAUAUUAGAGGAUCACAAUGCAAUGUUUGGGAGCCGCCGGUGCUGCUUCGAAGCUCAGCCAGUGAUGAUACGAGCGAAAACUCAUCACAAUCGUUUAUAGGAGCGGGAGCCACAGACAGCAAGGUCAAGAUCAGCGCUAUAGCAGUGCAUUAUGACAGAGAUGUUGUCCUAUGCGGCCGGGAUGAUGGAUCUGUCUCGUUGUAUGACGCAAAAUCUGGGUCUAGGAAACUUGAAAUCUGCCGUCACAACUCAUCAGUUCGCAUCUUGGAAUGGUGGACUCAACGUGACUUAGCUAUAAGCGUUGAUGUAUCAAAUAAGAUACUCGCCUGGAAGGUGAGGAAAUCGGCACAAGGUGAAUGGGUCGCCGAGAGAAUGGCAUUUCAGGCCCGACUAGUGUACGGCGGUUCGAUCAUUCAAGUUCUCACGUCGGAAGCAACUGCCAAGUUCAUUAUAUCAACACGUGGAUCAGAUCAUCUUUGGCAAGUUGAUGGCCACGAGGAGAAUUCACGAAGAUACACCGAUUGGGCAUCUGUGCGAAAAUGGGUUCAGCAUCCAGGUUCAGCAUACCACGCAAUUUGCUUUGAAAGUACGGCUGCCCGUGUGUAUACUUGGGAUAAGUUGUCCCAAGUUGUAUCUGUGUCACUUGACAUCAGUGUGCGAGCGCUGGAGUUUAAGAGCAUCAAACAACUUGUGUUACAUAGUGCGAAGGGUGUUCUCGUUGAGCUCUCCGAGCCAGGCGGCCUAGCGAAGACUCAAAACCUAUAUCUUCUGAACGCACAAUCCUUCGAAGUCGACAAUAAAGCCAGCAUCAAGCAUGUCGUCACAGUAUCACCAGGGUUGGACGACGAUCUAGCGUCAUUAUCAAUAGUCGAAGGUCAAGGCGUUCAAGAAGGGGACUCUCUGGUUUCACCAGUGGAGCCAAGGCUCGCUCUUCUGUCACAGAGGGUCGCACAAGUUAUUGGAAUCUGCGAAUCUAGCAGACUGGUUUUCCUCGACACUGGCUCCUGGGUGUGUUCUGUGGGACUGGAAAACCCAACAUCUGAUAUAACAUCGUACAUCAGACAUUUCUUCAUCCCAUACGACUGGAUCGCGGGGUCGCGGGAAGUAAUUAGCGCCGUGCUUCGGCAGGAUAUCCUCUUUGCACGAAAUGAUGAUCUCGUUAUUGUUAGAGGUGGGUUCGAUUUUACGGAAGAGAUUUACCUGCAGGAGUAA